UUGACUCUAAAUGGCAGUGAAGGAGCCAUUCUUUCUACCAGUGACAUCAGAGGGCCUCUCCUUUACCUUUCUUUUCUUUUACACCCUUACCUUCUGUCUUAGAAUCACUACUGUAUAUUGGCUCCAAGGCAGAAGAGUGGUUAAGGGUUAGGCAAUGGGGGUUAAGUGACUUGCCCAGGGUCACACAUCUGGGAAGUAUCUGAGGUCAGAUUUGAACCUAAGACCUGGCUCUUAAUCCACUGAGCUACCCAGCUGCCCCUCUCUUUACCAUUCUAAUUGCUCCUCAUUCCAUUGUUUCAGUUGUAUCCAACUCUUUGUGACCCCAUUUGGAGCUUUCUUGGCAAAGAUCCUGGAGUGGUUUUCUGCUUCCUUUUCCAGCUUAUUUUUGACAGAUGAGGAAAUUGAGGCCAACAGGGUUAAGUGAUUUGCUCAGAGUCACACAGCUAGGAAGUGUCUGAGGCCAGAUUUGAACUCAGGAAGAUGAGUCUUCCUGACUCUUGGCCCAGCACUCUGGGCCUAUUUUGCCCUCAAUUCAACAUUUACCAAGUGCUCACACAGAGCAAAGAGCUGUGUCUUGAUGUGGGAAAUUAAACAUCAAAAUUAGUUUGCGUUUCCUGAUCUCAAAGCUGAGCAGGAGAACUCAGGAGGAGUUCGGUGAGAAGAGCCAGCCUCACGAAGAGCAUCACUGAGAUUCAUCUUGAAAUCAGAAGGCCCAGAUAUUGAAAAGAGGAGUGAACGGUUUCCCCCCAAGUCCUCCUUCUCAAACUGCUUCGAAUUAACGAGGCCAUGCCAGAAUGUAUUCUGUGUCCAGACAGCAACUCUUCCUAUGUUGAAAGGUGGCCCAUUGGCGUACUGGGCCAAGGACAGGCGGGAACCAUCAGAUCUGGUUCCGGUCCAGACGGCUAUUUACCAGAGACUCAGGGGCAGAGGACAGUGCUUCACUCCAAGAGAAGAAAUUUGAAUUUCUGCAAAAAGAAGAGGCUGUGAACCCAGAGAUGACCCUGUCCCUCCAGGGAACCAUGCACCUAGAGGACAUUCUCUACUUUGGAGCCACAGAUGAUGCUGAUGACACACUGUAUGUAGAAGAGACUCUGAACUCAGAAGAGGAGGGUGAGCCAGAGGAGCCUCUGUAUGUAAGGGAGAUGGACACUCCAGAGGAGAUGCUGUAUGUGAGGGAAACAGUUACCCCAGAGACGCCCCUAAACCAAGAGGAGACAGUCCCCCCAGAAGAGACACUGUAUGUGAGGGAAACAGUCCACCCAGAGAGACUGAAGCAGGAAGAGACAAUUACUCCAGACAAGACCGAAAGAGAUGAGCCGGAGAUGCUGAACCCAGAGGAGAUAAACACACAGGGGGAGAGAGCAAGCCCAGAGGAAAACCUUGCCUCCAAGGAGAGCCUCAGUGUCGAGGACAGCCUGAGUCCAGAGGAAUUGGAGUUGCUGGAAGGCCGUUUCCAGCAAUGCAUUGAAGCUGUAUCCCAGUUGGAGGAGGAGCGGGACCGUCUCAUCCACGAGCUGGUGUUGCUUCGAGAGCCGGUUCUACAGGAGGUACAGAAGGUCCACCAGGACAUUCUGGCCGCCUACAAGCUACAUGCCCAGGGGGAAUUGGAGUGCGAUGGGCUAAGGGAGGAGAUCCGGAUGGUGAAGCAAAAGCUGUUCAAAGUGACAAAAGAAUGCGUAGCCUACCAGUACCAGCUUGAGUGCCGGCAGAAGGAGGUCGCCCAGUUUGCUACCUGCCAGGACGAGCUCACCACUCGCAUUGCCCAGCUAUCUGAGGAGCUGACACAACUCAAAGAUACGUACGAGAAACAGAAAGGCCAGUUUCGGCAGCAGCUAGAAGCCCCCCGGGGUCAGGGGGACAGCCAUUUUCUACAGGAGAGCAGGAGGCUCUCUGCUGAGUUUGAGAGUUUUAUGGCGGAAAGCCGCCAGGGCCUGGAAGAAGAGUAUGAACCCCAACUUAUGCGACUCCUGGAGAGGAAGGAUGCUGGAGCAAAGGCACUGCAGAAAACACAGGCAGAGAUUCAGGUGAUGAAGGAGGCCUUGAGACCGCUUCAAGCAGAGGUCAGACAACUCAGUUUGCAAAAUAGGAACCUGGAAGACCAGCUCUUGCUUGUGAGACAGAAGCGAGAUGAGGAAGUACAGCAGUACAAGGAACAGAUGGAAGAAAUGGAAGACAGACAGAGGCAUCUGAAAAGCAGGGUACAAGUUCAGCAGCAGAAGAACAAAGAGAUGGAGGAGCUAAGGAUCAGCCUCACCGAAGAGCUCUCUAUUUAUAAGGCCAUGCUGUCCCAGAAGCCAGAGCAGCUCGAGGCACCCACUGAUCAGGGAACUGGAAAGGAGACACAGUCUCAAGGAACUGUUUAGAAAUCUAUGGCCGACUCUGUAACCCAGAAACAAAAGACAAAAUCUCUUACUGAAGGAGCACUAAAGCCUCAGUGGACGUUCUUUUCUUUGCAGCGAAAAAGAGAAUGUGAGGGAACCUGGUAAAAUGGGCCAUCUUGUGAAAGGAAUAGACAUUGGCCUAUCAGUUUUAAAGAGACUUGCUGCCCCCUGCCAGAAGCAGAAUACCAGACAACCCUCAGCUUAUAGGGCAUAGAGCUUAUUGCAUUGAAGAAUGGAAGCUCCUGCUGACUCGUAGUAGACUCAUGUACACACUAUGAAAAGGAUACAUCAACAGUGACUAAGUUUAAGCCUCCAGUGUUCUGGAGCAGAAAUUGUUGCCUUAUUUUGACUCAAAACUCUAAGCCUUUGUAAGACAGAGCCAAUGUCAACAAGGCAGCCCAUUUUAAGUUAAGUGGAGUUUUAAAGUUUGAUUUCUCUGUGCCACAA